AUGCGGUUAUGUGGGAACCAAUCGAAGCAGACUGUGAAAAAGGAAAUCGAUUGCGAUGAUGUGAAGGCAGAAGACACAUACACAUUGGGAAAUGAGAAUUAUAGCAACAUUUCAAACACCCAACCAAAAUCUGAAGUAGAGGAGCACGAGCCCCAGAUGGCAUCACAAACGAAACCAGCGGCUUUGGUGCAGACAGUCCAGAUCCCAUUCGCUGCGACAGCUGACGACACUAAGAAUGGGCUCAGCGGAUUGCAGGAAGUAUAUCAACCGACGGCCAACGGUGCCAUAGGUACACUCGGGAUUCUUCCUCAAGCAAUUCCUCCACUUCUGCCGACUCCAAUUUUUCCCUAUGAUAACGGUGCAUGUAAUCUAUACUUCCGUAAAAACAAGCGUCCAAGACCUCUUUCGUUGUGCAAGGACACGAUCAUGAAACGCAACAGAAAACCCGUGGUUGAUCGUCAGACCAGCAGUUGA